CACAGGGUCAGAUAAAAGGUGCGAUUCUCCCCGGGGAGAAACGUUCUCCGACUGAUCUGAGAGUAGGAGCCAAAGAGAACCGGAGCAAACAGCAAAGUCUAACUAAAGAGAAUACAGAUCUUCUGAAGCCAUGUUUGGGCUCGAUCCGGUCUCGAUUCUCGUAUCGGUGGUGGUAUUCCUAUUUUUGCUCAAUGCUUUUUAUAACCAUAAAGGAAACAUUUACCAUAAUUUUCCUCCCGGGCCGAAACCUUUGCCGAUAGUUGGAAACUUACACUCUAUGAUUCUGAGCAGAAAGAAACAACAUGUUUUUCUUGAAGAGCUGUCUAAGAAGUAUGGACCGGUAUUCAGCAUCAAGUUGGGACCUAGAAAGAUUGUUGUGCUCUGUGGCUAUGAGACAGUUAAAGAAGCGCUUGUAAACUAUGGGGACGAGUUUUCAGAGAGACCUUUUGUACCGACGGUAGAAGAAACAUCAAAAGGAUAUGGUUUAAUCUUUUCUCAUGGAGAAAACUGGAAAGUGAUGAGGAGGUUCACUCUUUCAACUCUACGAGAUUUUGGAAUGGGAAAGAAGCUACUAGAAGGCAAAAUUAAUGAUGAAUCCAACUCAUUAGUGGAAGUGUUUAGAUCCUACAAAGGGAAGCCUUUUGAGAACACAAUGAUAAUAAAUGCCGCUGUUGCCAACAUCAUUGUAUCCAUUCUGCUUGGCCACCGCUUUGAUUACAAGGAUCCCACGUUCCUGAGGCUUAUGGGGUUAAUUAAUGAAAAUGUGAGGUUUAUUGCAAGUCCUUUUGUUCUGCUAUUCAACGCUUUCCCAUCUCUGAUGCGCUGGCUACCUGGAAGUCACAACAAAGUUUUUAAAAAUGCUAGGGAGUUGCGGACCUUUAUUAAAGGAACAUUUACCAGACACAAGGACCAACUGGACGUAAAUGACCAGAGGAACCUUAUCGAUGUCUUCCUUGUCAAGCAGCAGGAGGAAAAGCCCAGCCAUCAAAUGUUCUUCCACAAUGACAAUUUAGUAAGUCUUGUGAGCAACUUGUUUGCAGCUGGAAUGGAAACCACUUCUACAACCCUUCGGUGGGGUAUUCUAUUUAUGAUGAAAUACCCAGAAAUUCAAAAAAAGGUCCAAAAUGAAAUAGACAGAGUGAUUGGAUCUGCCCAGCCUCAAGCAGAACACAGAAAGCAAAUGCCGUAUACCGACGCCGUUAUUCACGAAGUCCAAAGGUUUGGUAACAUUGUUCCGGGUAAUGUCCCACAUGCGACUACUCAAGAUAUUACAUUCAGAGGAUAUUUUAUUCCUAAGGGUACUCAUGUCAUCCCGCUUUUGUCAUCCGUGCUGCAUGAUAAGGCUUAUUUUAAGAAACCAGAUGAGUUUUACCCUGAACAUUUUCUUGACUCUAAUGGAAAUUUUCUGAAAAAUGAAGCAUUCCUGCCUUUUUCCGCAGGUCGGAGAAGCUGCGCUGGGGAGAAUUUAGCAAAAAUGGAGCUGUUCCUGUUCUUCACCAGACUGCUGCAGAACUUCACGUUUCGGCCUCCUCCUGGGGUCGAAGUUGAUCUUACCGCUGGCAAUGGGGCAACCAGGAGCCCUUUGCCACAUGAGAUCUGUGCUCUUCCUCGUAACUAGAAAGAAAUCCCAGGGGAAGGAGAUGAGACUUAAUUGGAAGUUGACGGAUUUGUAGUCGAAUAGAUGUGAAAUAGGAGAAGCAAUGAAGGUGUCGGGCACGGCUAGCAUCUGUUUAUUUUUGUGUGUAGAAUGCUAUUUUUGUAUAAUAAAAUAUAAAAAAAAUCA